AUGGGCAUAGCUCUUUUGACCUCUUCUUCUGUACUUCUUUCUAGACCGCCCCUCUCUCAAUUGGUUCGUUUCGCACCAAUCGCUCUAGGUUCCAUUGUAAGACGCUUUAAACCGCUCACGUGUACACCUCGCUACUAUACUGCAACCCCUUACAGGAUGACUACCAAUUUCAAGACGUUUGAUCUGGAGUUUUUAAAACCGGACUUGGACGACAGAUCGUACAGGUUCAUUGAGUUGCCCAAUAAGUUGAAGGCCCUGUUAAUCCAGGACCCUAAGGCUGAUAAAGCAGCUGCUUCGUUGGACGUUAACAUCGGUGCCUUUGAAGACCCAGAAAACCUGCCCGGUUUGGCCCAUUUCUGCGAGCAUCUUUUGUUCAUGGGUUCUGAGAAAUUUCCUGAUGAAAAUGAAUAUUCGAGUUAUCUGAGUAAGCAUGGUGGCUCGUCCAAUGCCUACACCGCGUCACAGAACACGAAUUACUUCUUUGAAGUCAACCAUCAACAUCUGCUUGGUGCGUUGGACAGAUUCUCAGGGUUUUUCUCGUGCCCCCUUUUCAAGAAGGAGUCUACAGAUAAAGAAAUCAAUGCUGUUAACAGCGAAAAUAAGAAAAACUUACAGAACGAUAUCUGGAGAAUCUACCAAUUGGACAAGUCUCUAACGAACCCGAACCACCCUUAUCAUAAAUUUUCCACGGGGAAUAUCGAGACUUUGGGUGAAUCGCCCAAGGAAAAUGGGCUAAACAUCAGAGAUGAGUUGCUCAAAUUCCAUAAAGACUUUUAUUCCGCCAACAUAAUGAAGCUUUGUAUUCUUGGUAGGGAAGACCUAGACACCUUAUCCGAAUGGACCUGCAAUCUGUUCAAAGACGUUUCCAAUAACGACCGUGAAGUGCCUCACUACGCAGAAUCUAUUAUGCAACCUGAACAUUUACAAAAAAUAAUUCAGGUCAACCCUGUGAAAGAUCUGAAGAAACUAGAAAUUUCGUUCACUGUACCUGAUUUGGAAGAGCAUUGGAAAUCCAAGCCACCAAGAAUAUUGAGUCAUUUAAUCGGCCAUGAAGGCUCUGGUUCUUUGUUAGCACAUCUGAAAAAAUUAGGCUGGGCUAAUGAGCUGUCUGCUGGUGGACACACCGUCUCCAAAGGAAACGCUUUUUUUGCGAUAGACAUCGAUUUGACUGAUGAUGGGUUGACACAUUAUCGAGAUGUCAUUGUCUUGAUCUUUCAGUAUAUUGGGAUGUUGAAAAAUUCGCUACCCCAAAAAUGGAUAUUUACCGAACUACAAGAUAUUUCUAAUGCCACUUUCAAGUUCAAGCAAGCCGGUAACCCUUCUUCCACUGUUUCGUCUUUGGCAAAACUCUUGGAAAGAGAUUAUAUUCCUGUUGAUAAAAUUUUAGCCAUGGGUUUAUUAACUGAAUAUGAGCCAGAUUUAAUCACUCAGUACACAGACGCAUUGAUCCCAGAAAAUUCUCGUGUCACGUUAAUUUCAAGAGGUUUAGACACUGAUUCCAGCGAAAAGUGGUACGGAACUAACUACAAGAUAUUAGACUAUCCGGAAGAUUUGUUAAAGGACAUUAAGUCACCAGGUUUAAACCCGGCGCUGAAUUUACCACGUCCAAAUGAAUUUGUCUCGACGAAUUUUAAAGUUGAUAAAUUAGAUGACGUAAAGCCAAUAGAUGAACCUAUGUUAUUGUUAUCCAAUGGGAUGAGCAGAUUAUGGUAUAAGAAAGAUGACCGAUUCUGGCAACCAAGGGGGUAUAUUUAUUUGACAUUCAAAUUGCCCCAUACGCAUGCGAGUGUCAUCAAUAGUAUGCUGUCCACUUUAUACAUCCAAAUGAUCAAUGAUGCAUUGAAAGAUCUACAGUAUGAUGCUGCUUGUGCUGAUCUUCGUAUUUCAUUUGUCAAGACUAAUCAAGGUCUCGAUAUCACUGCGUCCGGGUUUAAUGAAAAACUGAUCGUUUUACUAACAAGAUUCUUGCAAGGAGUUGUCUCUUUUGAACCGAAAAAGGAUCGUUUUGAAAUUUUGAAGGAUAAGACCAUUCGUCAUUUGAAAAAUUUGUUAUAUGAAGUUCCCUAUUCGCAAAUGUCAAACUACUAUAACUCAUUAAUAAACGAACGUUCGUGGUCAACUGCAGAAAAACUGGAAGUUUUCGAAAAAUUGACAUUUGAGCAACUGACUAGCUUCAUACCGACUAUCUAUGAAGGCGUGUUUUUUGAAACUUUGGUUCAUGGUAAUGUUAAGCAUGAAGAAGCAAUGGAAGUGGACUCUUUGAUUAAGUCAUUGAUUACAAAUAACAUUGAUAAUUUGCAAGUCUCAAACAACCGCUUGAGAUCUUAUUUACUUCCAAAGGGUAAAAGCUUUAGAUUUGAAACAGAUUUGAAAGAUCCGAAGAAUGUUAACUCUUGUAUUCAACAUGUCACACAAUUGGAUGUUUAUUCGGAGGAGCUGUCUGCCUUGAGUGGACUGUUCGCACAGUUGAUUCAUGAACCAUGUUUUGAUACUUUAAGGACAAAAGAGCAAUUGGGCUAUGUUGUUUUCAGUUCGAGCUUGAACAACCACGGUACGGCAAAUAUCAGGAUCUUAAUUCAAUCAGAACAUACCACCCCUUACUUAGAGUGGAGAAUAAAUAACUUUUAUGAAACAUUUGGUCAAAUUUUGAAAGAUAUGACGCAGGAAGACUUUGACAAGCAUAAAGAAGCAUUAUGCAACAGUCUAUUGCAGAAAUUCAAAAACAUGAGUGAAGAAAGCGCCAGAUAUACAGCAGCGAUUUAUUUAGGUGACUACAAUUUCACUCAUCGUCAAAAGAAGGCUAAGCUAGUUGCCGAUAUCACAAAGCAACAAAUAAUAGACUUCUAUGAAAGUUACAUAAUGGGUGAGAACGCAUCAAAAUUAAUUCUUCAUUUGAAGUCACAAGUGGAAAACAAAGAGCUCGAUGAAAGUGAACUGGAGGCCGCUAAAUAUCCAAGUGGCCAGUUGAUCGAAGAUGUCGGUUCAUUCAAAUCGACACUAUUUGUUGCUCCUGUUCGUCAACCAAUGAAAAAUUUUGAGGUUACUGCACCUGCUCAAGCUGAAAAGUAG